AUGACCAAUCCGCGCGUCCUGGCGCGGCUGCAGGCCGAGAUUCGCGCGGCCGAGCUGAGCUGGCCCGUGGCUGGCGACGCCGAGAUCCGCAAAAUGCCCUUUGUGCAGGCCACCAUCAAGGAGGGGCUGCGCAUGCUGCCGCCCGUGGCUGGCUUCAUGUCCAAGGAGGUUCCGGCCGACGGGGACUGCUGGAACGGCUUCUCGUUCCCGUCGGGGACCAGGAUAGGACUGUGCAUGGUGGGCAUACUGCGGCAGAGGGACGUGUUUGGCGAGGAUGCCGACGAGUUCCGCCCGGAGAGGUGGCUCGGGGCGACGCCGGAGAUGGAGGCCACUUGGGGUCUUGUCUUUGGCUCGGGGAAAUGGGCGUGCUUGGGCAAGAACAUUGCCCGGAUGGAGCUGAACAAGGUCUUGGUGGAGGUGAGGCUUUCUGCCCGUUCCUUGUUUUGCAGACUGUCUGAUUGGUGGGUUGCAUGCUUACACGGUUUGCCAGGUCUUGAGGCGCUUCGAUCUCACGCUGAUUGA